AUGCAUUUCUCUCCUUCAUAUUCUACUUCGUCCACUUGGACAAUCUUAAUCACACUGGCAUGUCUUAUGCUUCGUGCGCCUUUGUCCGAUGCUCAACUUACCCCUACCUUCUACGACACUUCAUGUCCGAACGUCACUAACAUCGUACGAGAAACUAUUGUCAACGAGCUAAGAUCGGACCCUCGUAUCGCCGCGAGCAUCCUUCGUCUUCACUUCCACGACUGCUUUGUCAAUGGUUGUGACGCAUCGAUCCUGCUAGACAACACGACAUCAUUUCAAACAGAGAAAGAUGCAUUUGGAAACGCAAAUUCGGCUCGAGGAUUUCCUGUGAUUGAUAGAAUGAAAGCCGCAGUGGAAAGGGCAUGCCCAAGAACCGUCUCAUGCGCAGAUAUACUCACCAUCGCAGCUCAACAAUCUGUCACUUUGGCAGGAGGUCCUUCUUGGAGGGUUCCUUUGGGAAGAAGAGACAGCUUACAAGCAUUUCUAGCUCUUGCUAAUGAUAAUCUUCCAGGUCCAUCCUUCAACCUUACACGGCUUAAGGACAGGUUUAGAAAUGUUGGCCUUGACCGUCCCUCUGAUCUCGUUGCUCUCUCCGGGGGUCACACAUUCGGUAAAAACCAAUGCCGAUUCAUCAUAGACAGAUUAUACGAUUUCAAGAGCACCGGUUUACCUGACCCUACCCUCAACACUACUUACCUCCAAACGCUUCGUGGACUAUGUCCUCGUACUGGUAACCUAAGCGCCUUGGUGGAUUUCGAUCUGCGUACGCCUACCGUUUUCGACAACAAAUACUAUGCGAAUCUCAAAGAGCUUAAGGGUCUUAUUCAAAGCGACCAAGAGUUGUUCUCUAGCCCUGAUGCAAGUGACACAAUCCCAUUGGUGAGAGCAUAUGCUGAUGGCACACAAACGUUCUUCAAUGCGUUUGUGGAGGCGAUGAACAGGAUGGGAAACAUUACACCUCUUACAGGAACACAAGGACAGAUCAGGUUGAACUGUAGGGUUGUGAACUCCAACUCUCUACUCCAUGAUGUGGUUGAAGCCGUCGACUUUGUUAGCUCUAUGUGA